CAGGAAAUGUUUGCGGGCCCAGUCCAGUAGGUUCCCCGGGGGCAUCGCGGCGACGCUGCCCCUGCUGGUCCAAUGGGAGCGCGCCCAGGACCCCGGCUUAGCUAUCUUUAAAACACCCGGUGGGGGCCCCACCAGGUACCUGGCAGCGCUCAGCUCUCCAGCCUCGGGGAUGCUGCCUUGAGCGACUGACCCCUCUGGAGGUUGCGCAUGCCGGCCCCGGCCAGGAAACGGAGGACUCUGCAGACCUGGUCCUCCCCGCACCUCUUCUGCACAGAAGCACACGCUCCUGGCUCAUCCUCGGCUUCCAGAGCCUCUGAGGUGGGAGGCCCCCACGUUUACCUUAUGUGUGGGGCAUCUCACUAGCCAUGACCCUGACACUCCGCGUCCUGCUGCUGCUGGGGCUCUGCUGGAACACCAUUUCCGAGGGGCCUCCGUCAUCCCCAAAGAGCCCCGCUGGUCUGGAAUUUCAGUUGCCCUCAACGAACUAUGAGACCAAAGACUCUUACACACCCGGGCCCAUUGGCGUUCUCUUUCAAAUGGUACAUGUCUUCCUCCACGUGGUGCAGCCCAACGCUUUUCCAGAAGAUAUUUUAAGAAAAAUAAUACAAAAGAAGUUUGACCUUUCAACUGAUUAUGAAAAGGUGGUCCACUACGAGAUGGGGAUCAUUGUCUGCGCCACCCUGGGGCUGCUCUUUGUCGUGCUGAUGCCUGUGGUGGGCCUGUGCUUCGGCCUGUGCCGAUGCUGCAACAGGUGCGGUGGAGAGAUGCACCAGCGGCAGAAGAGGAACGGGGCCUUCCUGAGGAAAUGCUACGCGGUCUCCCUCUUGGUGACCUGUGUCGUCAUAAGCCUUGGAAUCAUCUCUGGUUUUGUGGCGAACGAGCACCUCAGGGCCCAGAUCCUCCAGACGCGGAAGCUGGCGGGCAGCAACUUCAGGGACCUGAGAACGCUCCUGAAUGAAACGCCAUCGCAAAUCAGCUAUGUCCUGGGCCAGUACACCACUGCUAAGGAGAAGGCAUUCUCAGAUCUGGACAAUAUCAAGUCGUUGCUUGGAGGGGGAAUUCAGGAACAACUGAGACCGAAAGCGAUCCCCGUCCUUGACGACAUCAAGGCCAUGGCGGCGGCCAUCAAAGAGACCAGAGAAGCCCUGCUGAACGUGAACAAAACCUUGGGGGAGCUGAAGAAAUCCACCGCACGACUUAGCACCAGUCUGCAGGACGUUAAGACGAACCUGGAGCAAUCGCUCAACGACCCCGGGUGCUCCGUGCAACCAGAGAGGGCCACUUGCGAUGAUGUCAGAACGACUCUCAACCAGCUGGAUGACAACACCAACUUGGGUCAGCUCCCAUCUUUGGAUAAGCAAAUUGAUAAUAUCACUCAUGUGCUUCAGACAGACUUGUCCAGCCUGGUCCAAGAGGGCUAUAAAUCCUUUAAUGAUAUACCUGAGAGUGUGCAAAACCAAACCGUGGACGUGGUAUCAGGGAUCAAAAGUACCUUGAAUUCCAUUGGUUCACACAUCGAAAAUGUAAAGGAGCAGAUUUCUAUUCAGAAUAAGCUGACAGGUUUCUCGGAUCAGAUCGAUGACGUCGAAACGUACGUCCACCGCACACUGCCCGCGCUGGAGGAGUACAAUUCAUACAGGUGGCUGGGCGGCUUGGUAGCCUGCAGCGUGCUGACUCUCAUCGUGACUUUUUAUUACCUGGGUUUAUUGUGCGGCUUGUGUGGCUACGACCGGAACGCCACCCCCACCAGGCGAGGCUGCGUCUCGAACACGGGGGGUGUCUUCCUCAUGGUAGGGGUUGGAAUCAGCUUCCUCUUUUGUUGGAUAUUGAUGAUCAUUGUGGUUCUUUCUUUUGUCGUUGGUGGAAAUGUGGAAAAACUGGUCUGUGAACCUUACCAAAGCAAGAAGUUAUUCCAGAUUUUGGAUACACCGUAUUUAAUAAAUGAGGAAUGGAAAUAUUAUCUCUCUGGCAUGGUACUUAACAAACCGGAUAUUAAUCUCACUUUUGAACAAGUUUACAGCGACUGCAAAGACAACAAAGGCGUUUACACCGCGCUGAAGCUGGAGAACAUCUACAACAUCAGUGACUGUCUCGACACCCAGCAGUUUACCCAAAACGUAAGCAGUGAUUUUGAAAACAUGGAGGUGAAUAUCGACAACAUUGUCCUGUUGGAUGCGGCGGGGAAAAAGAACCUCCAGGAUUUCAUCUCUUCCGGGGUGGACAGAAUAGAUUACGGCGCCUACUUGGCGGAGACAGCCAAGACACCCACAAAAGUGAAUCUUUUAACAUUCGCACAUGGUCUGGAAGAAAAAGCCAACCAGUUGCCCCAAGGAAGCUUGAAGCGGUCCCUGGCAAGUAAUGCCCAGACGGUCAGAAUGAUUUACCACGGCCAAGUCGUGCCUCUGGAAUCGCCCAUGAAAACUCUUCACCAGAGCAUCCAGGACCUUCAACACCAAAGCAGUGGAUUGGGGGUGAAAGUGCACAGUAUCAUUUCCUCUUUGGAUGCUGCUCAGAACUUUAUCGCAAACAGCCUUUCCUCUGUUAUUGUUCAAGAAACUAAGAAGUAUGGGAAUAUGAUCAUUGGAUAUUUUGAAUACUAUCUGCAGUGGGUCAAGAUCUCUAUCAUGGAGAAAGUCGCAGCCUGCAAGCCCGUGGCCACCGCUUUGGAUUCCGUUGUCAGCGUGUUUCUGUGCGGUUACAUCAUCGAUCCCAUGAAUUUGUUCUGGUUCGGCAUAGGCAAAGCCACCCUAUUUUUGCUGCCGGCUCUCAUUUUCGCUGUGAAGCUGGCCAAGUACUACCGGCGGAUGGAUUCGGAGGACGUGUACGACGAUGUUGAAACUAUACCCAUGAAAAAUAUGCAAACGGGUAACAUUGGUUUUCAUAGACAUCAAACCACUCAGAAUCUAUGAACAAAGCUGUUAACCAGAUCCAACUGCACGGGUUCUCGGCCUGCCGCGUCUGCAAAUUCUGGAAGAGAAACCGGCCCCCGAGGAGUUUGCGGAUGGAUACAUGGCCCCCGCAUGAAACGCGCACUCGGGGCCCGAGAGGGAAAGGCGUGCGCACCCGCUUUCCGCCUUUAGGCGUCUGGCUUCAGUCACCCGAGCCGCCUGGGAGAGUGGAAAUGUGGAACACAUUCGUUCGUGUUCCGUGUAGCCCUGGGAGCCAGACGUGCAUUUCGCCACACUCGGUGGCUUGGGGAGUCAGACUGGUAGUUGGAGGAAGUUCGGCACAUAGCAGACAUGCGCGUGAACAAUAAAAUAAUGACCUCAGAAAUAUGA